ACAAUGAGACAGAUAGCUUUCACGAUUACUCAUUCCCAUAUACCCCUCCCAGUCCCCACCCCCGGGAAAAAAUAGCACAGAAAGUGUACAUUAGUGUCUGUUGGUUUACAUCUGGAUCUGGGAUCACUCCUGAAAGAUCUACCAACAAAAUUGAAACCUUCCUUAACAAGAUAGCCAUUUCCCAUCGUGACAGUCAUGCG